AUGAAUGAGUCCAAAACGAACGGAGAGAAAAACCUGCUGAUAUAUGACAAGUCCAGCAAGGUGGGAUGCAUCUACUUCAUAGGAAUAAGCAGCAAUUUCUAUCGGGGCAGAGUGAUUCUUAAAAAAAACUGCAUCAGUGACAGAAUAGUAAGAUAUACAAACUUAAGCGAAAAUUUGUUGUUAAUAAAAAAUGGAAAUUAUAAUUUUAAACAAACGGCAAUAUUAAUUAAAGGGAUAACUAUCUUUCUGCACAGGCAGCUGGAGGUGUUACUAACUGAUUUCUACGCCAUGUAUAAGAAGUGCUUAUUGAGUAGCCUGAAUGAAUAUAGGCUCCAAAAGCGUAUUACAAAAAAGUGCAAGGCGAACAGAAGGCAUAGAGCAAAGAAAAAUGUGCUAUCUUUGCAGGACGGGGAACCAAUUUACGGCAACAACUACAGUGGAGACCCCGAUGACGGUACUUUUCGAAGGAAAAAGACCAGCCACAUAAACAAAAAUAAAAACAUAGCACACAUAAACGACCUAAUGCUGAAGGAAAGCAAUGAACUGUAUGAGCACGACUACCACUUUGAACAUGAAGACAUCCCAAAUGAUGAAAAUAUGAUGUAUAAUGAUAUGCUAACUAACACCUCUUCAUUCAAUUACUCCAAAUAUAAUAACCUCUACACAAUUAACAAUGGGGUGCGUAAUAUAAACACAAAGGAGAGUAGUAGAGAUGCAAACAUGCAGAGUAACUUAAAGAACACUGCGUUCUUAAAAUAUAAUAUGUUAGACAUUAAAAGAGACACAAGUGCAGAAAGAAAUAACUACUCCAAUGAUAGUUUACUCUUGAGUAAAACUCUGGACAAAAAGAACUUCUCCUUCAAUGUCAUGAAUAGUAGUCUCCUAUUCAGUGGGAAUAUUGCGCAUGGUAAGGUAUCCAAUAAUUUGGGUGCAAACCACAAUGGGGACGGUAACAUCAUUGGUAAGGACGACAACACCAAGAAAGGGGGAGAGCGCCCACGGCAAGACGAAAAGAAGAACAAACGAAUCUUUGCACAAAUAGAUAAGGACACCAUUCUGAGGCAUAACAUCUGGGAGGAGAACAAAACGAACAAAACACAAAAAUCAGAUAAUCAAUUUAGUACCCAUUUGACAGGGGGGAGUUACAUUUUUUUUCUUCUAUACAAUGAUGUAAAAAAUGGUCCUAGUGAUAAUUCAAUAUCCUCCUCGUUCCAUUCGUAUGAACAAGCAAAAAAUUUCAUCAACUUUGACACAAGGAAGGAUGUUUACAACGUAUUCGGUAAUGAUCUGAUACAAAAUGAAAAAAUUAACAUGCAGCCAAACAACCUUAAAUUGCUUCAGACCAAAUCGACAGUGUCCUCCAUAAACGAAAGGAAAAAUAAACACAAAAACCACCUAAACUUUGAGCAGUUAAGGGUAAACUUUAAUGAUGAAUAUUUUUUAAAUCAUGAGUUGCAGAAUAACCAUGGGGGAAAAAGCUACUCGCAUGACUCUUUCGGUAACAGCUAUGACCAAAUGGAUUACAACUUCGACCAAGUGGACUACAACUUUGACAGGAUGAGUAGCUUCCCCCAAAAAAUUUAUGAACAUAGAAAAUCGCAACCAAACGGAGGACAUAAAAACAAAAGUGGGAAGGAGUACAAAGAUGUAUACAACUUCAGUGACACUUUCAAAGACUCGCUCAGUGUCCCAUCCAGCAAACUAGUGAGUAGGAGAUCUUUCACCUCUUCCGAAUAUAAAUAUAACGAAGAAUUAAUCAAACUGAAAAAUUAUUUGCACAAAAUAAGUGCAAACUGUUCCAAUGUUAUAGAAUUCGAUCGCAUAUUUCCUGUGAAAAGAAUGUCCGAUAAAAAUAUCUCCAUCAUAUUUUACAAUUUGCUCGUACUCGCCUCAAAUGCAGAAGUGGACGUGACUCAGAAUUAUCCUGACAGUAAAAUUCUCAUACAGGUAUGUUGA